GCUUUGGCAAAGAACGGACGCGAUUUUAAGAGUAAUAUUAACUUGUGGAACCCCACUGUGCGUGUGUUUGUAUGUGCUGUAAGAAAAAAGUUACACCAACAACAAGAAAUUGUACUGAAAUCAACAUUUUGUAACGAAUAAAAAAAAGUAAACUACUUUUGCACGUAAACUCAUCUAUGUUGCAGGAAUUUUUCGCACGUGUUUUUGCACAGUUCAAAAAAAUCCAAAUAGAAUUUUAUUUUUCGGGAGUUAGUGCCAAUAAGCGCGGCCAUUUUUUUACUUCGCGUAGUUCUUUUUUUAUGGAUGGCUAAUUGUAUGUGAGCGCGUUUUUACGUAUUUCAUGCGACGGUGUGCCGAAAACAAAGAAAGAAUGGUAAAGAGAAAAUAGAAUUGAAGGAGGAGAAGCAGGAGCAAAAACAACAACACCAACAGUAAAAAGAGUGUCGAGUUUUUUUUUUUUUUCUUUACUCUACUUGCUUCUGUUUUUGUGCGCGUUUGCCGUAGGCGUUGAAUGAGCGGGAAGUGGCGUAGUGGAGCUGAAGUUGUAGAAGCAGCUACCAGCUAAAAACAUACAUACAUACACAGGUAUUCGCCGCCAAAGCGCAAUAUUCGUUUUAUUGCAAGUGUUGCAAAAAUCAACAAACCACAAAAUAUUGAGAAAAGCAAAAACAAAAAAACCACCAACGCAAAAGCACAAUUGAUAAAAGGGGCCAGCCACUUGGAAGCAAGAAAAUUUUAUAAAACGUAUAAAAAACGGUAUCGCGAAAGCAUAACAAAGGAAACUAAAAAGAGCUAAAAUAUAGGAACAUUGAAAGCGCAAGCAAUAAAAACUGAGAUUCUUUUUAUUAGAAAAAUGCGUUGGCGUAAGAUUAUCGAAAUUCUGCAGUGAAAUUUGUAAGAACAAAAAACCCAAUAAACGCUUGGCCGAUUUACAUUUGUUUGCCUGAGUGAGGAGUAAAAAUAAAUUUUUGACCGCCGCAUAACACGUGCCGUUUGAUCAAUUAGUGCCGGUGUAUUUAAACUGUGUCACUACGAAGCUGGAAGCAUCACUCAUCGCUUUUCGGCUACUGUGAAAUUGUGAAAAAGCGUACCGGGCUGACGCAACGGAUAUCGAUUUGGCAAAAAAAAAAAGAAACUUUGCUGGCGCCACCAAUUAACCUAAAACAGCAACUGACCACAACACACGACGAGUGCAAAGAAGAAAUUCCCAGCAGUUUUUUGCUCACCGUCCUCCGUUUAACACUUCGCGGCGUUGGCGCACUGCAACUAACGCCUGCGUAACGUACACAUUUCGAUAAAAUUUAGUAACCUUUGCGGCUGCCACCACAAAAAUGGCCGAAUUACCCGCACCUACGAGUGAUUACCUUCAUCGUUCGAUCGAUCAGCUGCGCUCAAUGAACGAACGGAAUGUCCUCUCAUCGUUGAGCCAUCAUCUGACGCCGAUGGAAUUGCGCAAUGCCGCACAAUUGGCAGCACACGAUUACAAGCCUUUCAAUAUCAAUGAGUUUCGCCAGAAUGUGGAACGUUUGGAUUACUCAUUGAAGAAUGGCAUUAUACAACAACAGCAAUUGCUUGCUGAUCAUCAGCAGCAACAGCAACAACAUCAGCAGCAGCAAGCGCAUGAGCAGCAACAGCAGCAGGUUCAUCAACAACAGCAGCAGCAGCAACAACAACAGGCCCAGCAGCAGGUAGCGGCGCAUCAACAACAACAGCAACAGCUACAACUGAAGCAAUCAUACAGUCCGCCAAAUUCACCGGCCACACCCACUAUGACCGAACAGCCGGAACAGAAGUAUGAUCCUCAUGCGGCCGCUGUAGAACAGCAGCAGCAACAACAACAACACACCGUCAGUCACAAGCAACAACGCAACCAACAAGGCUCCCCCGAUGGUCGUGAUGCCAAGCCCUACAAAUGCACCCAGUGUACGAAAACCUUUGCCAACUCGUCUUACCUAUCGCAGCACACCCGCAUCCAUCUGGGCAUCAAGCCGUACCGCUGCGAGAUCUGCCAACGUAAAUUCACACAACUAUCGCACCUGCAGCAACACAUCCGCACCCAUACUGGGGACAAGCCCUACAAGUGCCGUCAUGCCGGUUGCCCCAAAGCCUUCUCGCAGCUCUCCAAUCUGCAAUCGCACUCACGCUGCCACCAAACGGACAAACCCUUCAAAUGUAAUUCCUGCUACAAAUGUUUCACCGACGAAAUGACGCUGCUGGAGCACAUACCCAAGCACAAAGACUCGAAGCACCUGAAGACGCACAUCUGCAACCUCUGCGGCAAGUCUUACACGCAGGAGACUUAUCUGCAAAAGCACUUGCAAAAGCAUGCCGAGAAGGCGGAGAAGCAACAGCAACGUCAUGCGAAUGCUACAGCUAACCCACAACACCACGUGCCUGCCGGCGGUAUCGGCCUAAAUUUGCAGCGACAGGUGGUGAUGAAUGCCGCCGCGGCAGCAGUCACCAGCGAUCCCAAUUCGUAUUGGGCGAAAGUGGGUGCUGAUAGUGCGGUAAAUGCCGCCACGCUAGCUGAAGCUAUACAACAACAACAACAACAAGCUGCUGCUGCUGCAGCAGCAGCCGCAGCGGCUGCACAGCAACAGCAACAACACUCGCAGAAUGGCUAUAACUUUGCAGCGUUGCAACAGCACCAACAACAACAACAGCAGCAAGAACUGUUGCAACAUCAUCAGCGGCUGGUGAAUGGUGGCGCGGGUAGUGGAGGUGAUAGUGCCGGCAGCGGCAGCACACCCAAUCACUCACAAUCGCCCAACGAUGAGGGCGAAGAUUUGGUGAUGCGCCAAACACCACAACACCACCUGCAACAGCAGCAGCAACAACAACAGCAGCUCCAACAUCAACAAUCACACUCGCCAAAUCCGCUAUUAAUGGGCAAUGCGGCGGCAGCGGCAGCAGCAGCAGCGGCGGCCGCGGCCAACUAUGACGUGAAAACAACAAGCGCCUUUACACCAAUCAACACGGCGCCACCACACUUGAAUGCGCUAGCUGCGCAACAGCGUCCACCCGCCGCCGCAGCGUACCUGUACCAGCAGAAUGCCGCCGCGGCAGCCGGUUUUCCGACGCAACUCAUCUCAUUGCAUCAGAUACGCAACUAUGCGCACCAACCAAGCGCAGCGACAGCAGCAGGGCUGUUGGCCAGCGAUCACCUGCUCGGCUUGACUGGUGUGACCGCGGGCGGUGCCGGCAAGGACAAGGGUCAAUAGUACGCCGGGCAUCACAGCGGUGUUGGCAACAACAACAGCGGAUGUGGUGGUAGAAGAAAAAAAUGUAAAAAGCGGCAACAUGAACGUGCACGUGAACGCAGUUAGUUGAGUUGACUGAUGUGAAAUGGGGAAGAUGCAGAGCAUUAAGUGACCAGUCGGCAGGAGGGCGCACAACAGAGCGGUGCGAGACGUGCAACGUGAACAACAAAAGCAACAGCACAAACUCAGGUUCUAAAGAUGGCUUCAACAAAAGCAGUAAAAGCAGCAAGGAAGCAAAACGUACAAGAAACAACAAAAGCAAAAAAUUAAUAAAAACUAAGGUACACGCAGCCGAAGCACUUAGCUGCUGGCAGAAAUUUAAUUUGCGCGCAAAAUACGAAUACAUCUACUAAAAAAACAGCAAGCAGAGAUACUGAUAAUCUUUGCUCCCACAAUUCUUCAACACUACCUACUUACACUGCUUCUUAUAUUAUCUAUAUGUAUGUGUGUAUGUAUGUAAGUGAGGCCACCUUUGGCCCGUACAUUUGCAUGCCUGUGCGUUUCUCUACAGAAAUCUGGUACCUGUGUCUUUUGCACUUUUCAACGGCAGGUGCCAUCUCCCUUUGCUAUACGAACAACCACCACCAGGUUUUCUUCUCUCAUUUGCAGUGCGCCUGUGCGCAUUUACAGUAUACAAAUUAUACAAAUUGUAGCAUAUAAUUAAUUAUAGUAAUUACCUGUAAUUAGCGAUUAGUAACUCGUCUAGUAAUUAGGUAAUCGUAUUGUAGCAAAAGUAGUUUGAUAAGCCGAAUUUACUUUAUGUAGUUUAAGAGUUAGCUAGGAUUAGGCGAUUCGGAGACAAAAGUAUAUACCUAUGACUUUUGGUUUCACGCUAAUUUUUUAUAAAUUUUAUAUACAUAUGUACAUAUGUAUGUAUGUGCACCUAUUUGUAUACGGCAUCCACUUCUAACUUCUUUAAGAUUUUGUGAAACAAAAUUUUAUUUGUUUAAAUUGUAUUUUGGAAAUUUAUUUUCGUAGCUACAUGCAUGCAUUAAAAAUUUUAUUAGACUACUUAAUCACUUAUAAGUAAUUACCUACAUAUUUGUAUUACGAAUUUAUGAAUCUCAAUAAAAAUACUUAC